UCUCGCGAGAGUUCGCGCAGAAGCAGUUUGUUUUCUUUUGACGUUUCUUCAGGCAGUGCGUUCGGAGUGUAACGGAGUGAGCAACACUGCAUACGGGAUACUUGUAUAUCAAGGGAACAGACUUUUUUAAACAUCCAAAAUGGGGAAGGAUUAUUAUUCCGUUCUUGGAAUUGAGAAAGGGGCAUCUGAUGAAGACAUCAAGAAAGCUUACCGAAAGCAAGCUCUGAAAUGGCACCCAGAUAAGAACAAAUCUCCCCACGCAGAGGAAAAAUUCAAAGAGAUUGCAGAAGCCUAUGAGGUGCUGAGUGAUUCUAAAAAGAGAGAGAUUUAUGAUCAAUUUGGAGAAGAAGGAUUAAAAGGAGGAGCUGGAGGACCUGAUGGACAAGGUGGCACAUUCCGGUAUUCCUUCCAUGGAGACCCACAUGCUACAUUUGCAGCAUUUUUUGGCGGUGCAAACCCUUUUGAAAUCUUCUUUGGGAGAAGGAUGCCUGGUGGCAGGGACAGUGAAGACAUGGAGGUGGAUGGAGAUCCGUUUGGUUCCUUUACUUCUUUUAAUAUGAAUGGAUUUCCAAGGGAAAGAAACACUGUUGGUAGCCAGCCCCGUCGUAAGCAAGAUCCUCCUGUUAUUCAUGAACUGAAGGUAUCAUUGGAAGAGAUUUAUCAUAGCUGCACAAAAAGAAUGAGAAUUUCCAGAAAAAGGCUCAAUCCAGAUGGAAGAAGUGUCAGAACAGAGGAUAAAAUCCUUACCAUUGAUAUCAAGAAAGGAUGGAAGGAGGGUACUAAAAUUACAUUCCCCAGAGAAGGUGAUGAAACACCCAACACUAUCCCAGCCGAUAUUGUGUUUGUGAUUAAAGAUAAUGCUCAUCCUCAUUUCAAGAGGGACGGGUCAAAUAUUAUCUAUCCUGUCAAGAUUAGUUUACGGGAGGCUUUAUGUGGCACUUCAAUCAAUGUACCAACAAUAGAAGGUCGAACCAUACCCAUGACAGUAAAUGAAGUUGUAAAGCCUGGAAUGAGAAGAAGAAUUAUAGGAUAUGGAUUACCAUUUCCCAAAACUCCUGAUCAGCGAGGUGACUUAAUUAUAGAAUUUGAAGUAGUCUUCCCAGAUAGUAUAGCUCCAGCAUCAAAAGAAGUACUCAGGAGGAAUCUUCCUGUUUCAUAAGGAAAUAACUUUUAUGAACUUUUCCAAGAUGAUGCCGAACAUUGGAAGAUUUAUGCUGUAAAAGUAUAGUCUAUAACUGUGGAACCUUUUAAGUGUGUGUGGAUGUGGGAGGGAGUUAUGCAGUGCUGCAUGAGAAUAAAAGGGGCAAAUACACAAGACUUGCAAUCAAGUAGAAUGCUGAAACCACUAGCUGUAUUUUAGAUCUUCCAUUUCAGAAAGUUUAUCUGGUAUUUUGCUUACAUGUAAAAUGUAAUCUG